AUGCCGCCUCGCCGGGCGCAUACAAAGUCUCGCAAUGGCUGCGACCAGUGCAAGCGGCGUCGGGUCAAGUGUGACGAACAGGGUCCUCCUUGCUCGAAUUGUAUUUCGCGGGAGAUCAACUGUACGUACCUGAGAGCCCCGCCGCGCAAUGCGCCAGGUAUACGACAACACGAUCCGGCCCCAGCCAGAGAGCUGGGGACCCCCCGGCCAUUGGCACCCAUCAGUCCGGCCUCCACCCCAUCCGCCAUCUCCGGGGUGCGGGACCUCGAAUUGAUGCAUAAAUUCGCCACGGAGACAUUUAGCAGCCUGUGUACUGCGGAAUCCGAAUACGAUGUCUGGCAACUGGUCAUUCCGCGCCUGGCGCUCCAGUAUGAUUUUCUGAUGAACGGGAUCCUGGCAUUGGCGUCCCUGCACCUAGCCACCACCACCGAGCCGCCCACCUCCUUGGCUUACGUCGACACUGCCCUCCAGUAUCACAAUCUGUCAUUUGCACCGUUCCGUGCCGCCAUCGAUAAUCUCACUCCGCAGAAUUGUGAGGCCGUACUGGCGCAGUCCAUCGUCACAACGGUGAUUGGCAUCGCCCUGCCCCGGGUCACUGCCCCGCGCGAUGAGAAUUCGAACAUGACCGAGAACAUUUCCAUAGUGUUUGAGCUUCUUCAAGGGGUGAAAAGGAUCAUCCACAUCGGCCGCCCCUGGAUCAAGAUCCACCUGUGGUCGCGUCAGAAGGCUCUUUCUCCGUCCGGCCCGACUGAAUUGGACACGGACGCAUCGACGGCUUUCGACCGGCUCGCUCUGUUGAAUGAGGCGACAUUGGCUAGUAUUGACACCGAUCAGUACCGCAUCAAUAAAGAUGUCAUUGAGCAUCUCCGUCACUGCUACACGUUGUAUGUGAACUCCCAGGAUCCAGCGAACGUGCUCGCAUGGCUCGCGGCCGUCGACAAAGAGUUUGUAGAUAACGUGAGGCGCCGCCAGCCGCUGGCACUGCUGGUCCUCAUGCACUGGGGUGUGUUACUGGGCGAGCUCGAUGGCCGGUGGUGGUGGGCUCGAAACUCGGGCAAGGCCUUGGUCUUGGAGCUGCUACAAGUCCUGCGCCCGGGGGAUACUCGGUGGACUGAGUCGCUGUCGUGGCCCCAAGAAAAAAUGGGCCUAUGA